AUGGCCGACCACACCCCGCCAAUCGUCUCUCCCUCUGGAAUAAUCCAUGUCCUCGCCUACACCCCCACCGAGGGCGAGCGCGGCGUCCCCAUCACCGUCCGCAUCCACUUCCACCCAGACCUCGCAGACGCCAUGUACGUCCGUCUCGUUAUCGGCAACAAGGCCGUCCCAACAAAGGUCACACAACUCCCCUCCGUCACCUACGGUUGCUGGCAGCUUCAUGCCGCCGCACCACCCCUCGACCCUCUCCACUUUUCAUCCCCAAAGGUCCUCAUUUCCGUCCAAGCUCUCAACGAGGACAACGCCAUUCUCGACUCCGUCACUUUCGGCGAGUUCUCCUAUUGGACUUCUGGCGCGACUCGUCGCCGCGCAUCUGCCGCCUCGAUUGAUAAGCUUCCCAGGUUACAAAUCCCAGACUCGACCACUCUUCGCCGUCGUUCUCAACAUCUUCCUACCCCAUCCCCAACUGGAUCGGAGCGGUCUCCUUUCCCUAUCAAUUCUCCUCAGCAGACCACCCGCCUUCACCGUCGCAUCAAGUCCCAAUCUCUUGUGCGCACGAAAAACAACCCGAACGGUUCCAUCGCUGAGCAAGACGACUUGUACGCCCAAACACCCGUCCUCGACCUCGUCACCCCUCUUUCGUCAAUAUGUACUGGCUGGUCACAGGCCGAAAUCGCUGCAGGCCGUCGCCUCGUCCGCUUCUCCAAGGUCCAGGAUGGCCGCAGGCUCAUCGUCUCUUGCGACCCCAUUCUCCAGGAAGACUACUGCGACUCUGACAGCGUCAUCUCCUGCAUCUACCGCGAGGAAACCGACACAUGCUUCGUCACUUCCGUUGACGUCAUCUACCUCCUCGAGCGUCUGACCAACGGCGAGUUUCCCGUCGAGGAGAAGAAUCGAAUCAGGCGCAACCUCGAAGGCCUCCGGCCCACCACGGUUUCCAAACACAAACCCGGUUUCGGCGAAUUCUUCCAACGCAUCAUGGAGUUCCCUGACCCCAAACCCCGUAACAUCGAAAAGGACCUCAAGGUCUUUGACUGGAAUUUGCUCGGUCAGGCUUUGGAAAAGAUCCUCGCAAAAUACUCGAUCUACACGACCCCGGCCACGGAUUCAGCCGAGUCAUCGUCCAUCGAGACCCCCGUCGACGCAGAAAGCCCAGAGCUAUAUGCGCUCCAGCUCUCAUAUCCUCCCCCAGAGGAUCCCAGCGAGAGUCGAUUCCUGGAUCAGAAGAUGUGCAUCCCAAAGUUCGAGCCUCUCCCAGCCGAGAUGCCUCUCAGCGCUGUGGCACCGAUCACCAUCCCCAAAAACCACGACGCGGAUCACUUCCCAUCUCCUGUCGAGAGUGUUGGGACCGCCUCAUCGUCGUCAUCCUCGGCGUUCCCACUGUUUGCUGGCCAUUCGCCUUCAGAUCCCAUGGACUCUCGGCACUGGGCCCACGACGCAGACUUCAAGUCCGGAGACAUGGCCCUCGAAAACUUCAACAACAUUCUCUCCUCUUACGAGGUCUCAGAGCCUGUGAAUGGCUCUCGCUACCAAGACGGUUCCGGAUUAGAUUUCAACAUGUACGACAACUUUUCCUUCCACGGCAUCCACGACGACGCCCUUGCCAGCCUCGCCGAUCACUACAUCUAA